AUGUCUACUGAACUCACCACUAAGCCGCAUGGUUAUCAUCCUAUUCUGUCAACCGCUUAUCAACUGUGGCCCUUCCUCAUCAAAAAUAGAGAGUUCUCUCAGAAAGCCUCAAGGGUGUUACGUAGUGACCAGCUACCACGGCUAUUGAUGGCUUCUCCCAUGCAUUAUCUCGAUUGGGGAGGCGGGGCUCCAUUGAGUGUUGAGUGUGCUGAGGCUAUGGCCCUGCGUAUGUGUGACCCAAGGCCGCUACUAAAUCCUCAUACGGGCUUCGGAGAGUCACCAGUGAUAGUGCAAAAUAUGAGGCGACUUGUACUAGAGUUCUUUGGAGCUUCCCAAGACUCUCAUAUUCUUAUUUGGACGAGCGGAGCGACGCAAUCAUUGCAUAUAGUUGGGGAGCAUUUCCUCCUUAAUGAGACCUCAGCAUUGGUCUACUCUCUCGAGUCUCACACAUCAGUACUGGGCCUCCGCACCAUAGCCAAAGGACCUGUUGGUGUGGCUAGUAUUGAGAACUCCCUGGACAUUCAGUGGUUCCGUGGGCAUCCACCCGACCCCAUCUAUCACGGGCUUUACGUCCUCACAGGGGAGUGUAACUUGUCUGGUGCCCAGCUGGAGGACCUGCCUGCUACCGUACGUCGGUUGAGGCAAGCAGGAUAUACAGUGAUGCUUGAUGCAGCUAAACUAGCAUGUACACCAGGUGGCCUCAACUUGGCAGAGGUAGAAGCUGAUUUCGUGGCGGUUUCUCUCUACAAGAUCUUUGGAGCCCCAACGGGCCUAGGGGCCUUGAUCGUGAGGGUGGGCUCAAUUUCCAAGUUGACUUCAUCGUUUGCCACGGGACUGAGUUAUUUCGGCGGUGGUAGUGUCGAUGCCGUUUCUGCAAAUUCUGGUUUUUGCAUCAGAAGUGUCAACAUAGUCAAAGCGCUAGAACGGGGCUCUAUCAAUUGGUUGGCCAUCACUCAGCAACUGCCCGCUGCUCUGGCCACCUUCCCAAAGAGGAGGAGUUGGCCUUUCCUUUCCCGGCAUGUGGGGGCUCUUAUAGAGUUGCUCUACAGCGAGCUGAAGAGCUCUUACCAUGCCAAUGGAACUCCACUGUGCCGCGUUAUAGCGGGCAACCAUGGCACUACGCCUCGGCGGCAAGGACCGACUCUUGCUGCUGUCUAUCAGUGGCUGGAUGGAAGCCCUAUACCAUUCGACUUGGUACAGCGUUCAGCUCAUGCCCGAGGCCUCUUGGUCAGGGCGGGUUGCUGUUGCAAUGUUGGAGCUUGUCAACGAUGGCUACACCUCACUGAUGCUGAUAUUAAGAGGAACUACGAAUCUGGCCGUAUAUGUGGUGGCGUUGACGAUCCAGCGCCGAGUGGUUUCGUUAGAGUCGGCCUUGGUUACAUGAGCACUACGUCCGACGUCUAUGCUUGGGUCACAUUUGUUAGAGAGACCUUCCUGGACAAGACCUCGUUAUGUGUGGAGUCACCGAAAUUGGUAAAUGGAGUGGUAUCAGAUAGUGGUGUUGAAACUGCAACAGUGUGCAGCAUAUCGGUGUACCCUCUCAAGGGUGCCGCGGCGCUUGUUGAUGCCAGCGGUAGUCCUAUAACAAGAUGGGGUCUGUCCUGUCUGCACGGUGGCCUGUUGCUCGAUAGACAAUUCGUCCCUCUAGAUCCGGACGGUAGGGUUAUACACAGCAAGAGCAGCAAAUACGGUCCCAAAUUGAGGGCAAUCGCCACAGUGCUGGACCCAUCAAGAAAGUGUCUAUGGCUUCGACUGGAUGCCGAGCUAGGUCCACUGUUGGCCCCUCUCACAUCCUUGUGUCAGUGGGAGCUAGGGGAAAACCUGCUCUCGUAUCAGGGUCUCGUCGUUGGGACCAGUCAGGCGAUCUCACUAGCAGAGUUCUCUCAGCGUGCCCUCGGCCCUGGAUGUACCAUAUGCCCAGCUGAGGGAGUCGGCUCUAAAGACAUGCUAAUAGUGUCGAAGUCGUCGUUGGAGGCCGCGGCCUUCAAGACCAACACUGUGAUGGAGCCUGUUAUAUUCCGCGCCAACCUUAUCAUCGAGGCUGGGGAAGUGCCACUCGUGGUACAGCGCCAUUGCGUUCGAUGCAUGGCGAUAGGACGAUCAGCCCUCACUGCACUGGCCUCUACUACAGAGGAUGUUAAAGGCCCAGUGAUGGGUAUUGUAGUCAAGGCCGUUCAAGGUGGCCCCUCUGGUGUAGUGGAAAUAUCAGUUGGUGACACCAUCUGUGCCCGUUGUCACACAUAG